GUGAUAUCAGCCCACAUAGAUAUAACCGUUUGGGGAAAAGAAUCGUGGGCUGUGACCUGUCGUCUUCGUCUCCGGCAGAGCAAAGCGGCGGCGAGGCGGGAGAUAUAGAGGAGAGACGAGAGCGGGAUGGGGUACCUGUGGAGGGUGCGGCUGUCUUCAUUUGCUGCCGGCGCGGCGACGGCUUCGGCGGCGGGGUUCUUCCUCCUCUACAAGGACCACCUGCUCGCCCGCGCUGCCAUCAUCAGCCAGGUGGAGGACAUCAAGGAAACUUCUGAAAAGCAUUAUGCAGCCCUAAAUAAGAGGAUAUCAGCACUGGAAAGCAGAAGAGAACCAGGAACUAUCAAAGAGGCAUCAGAUUAAUUCUGAGUUGGGCUUAUGUCAUGGUUACAUCUGCCCAUGUGUUUUUGAUUGCUGCAGGCGGUAUAAACUGCAGCAUUUUAAGCUGUACUAUUGUGUUGUUGAAAUUCUAUGAACUCUGAAUUUGAAUUGUGUUACACUUCUUGUCUAUGUCGUCUUUAUGAGAUGGACAAGAUCAAAUAAAAUACAUUUUUUCUUGAUAGAAUAA